GGUUGCUAUGGGCAACUGGGCAACUUUUCCUCUGCACAGGUUUUGAUAAAUCUCCCCUUAUAUGCUCUGCCCCACCUCACCAUCAUCAUUUCCAGAACUAUGACGUGGUGGCAGCUUGCAGCGGUGCGAGAUGAAUGCAUGAUGCUAAGGACUAGUUUGGACUGUAAAAAUCCUUUAACAAUGGAUGGAGAAGAGAUUGUUUCAUUUUGGAUUCCAAAACAUCUGUCUGAAGUGAAAUGCCUACAUACCGCCAUGCACCAUGUGCCAAAGAGCCUGCCAGACAAUCUGAAGGCACUAGAUCUAUCUCAUAACUUCAUUCAAGAGCUCACAAAUAUAUCAAUGUCAAAUCUGCACAAACUUGAGAAUUUCAACAUUGAAGAUAAUCACCUGGAAACCAUUGAAGAUGGAGCGCUAGAUGGUUUAUUACGACUCCAUUCUCUUAACCUUGCCUCAAACAGAUUGCACAAGCAUUGUCUAGCUAACAAAAGGGUUUUUGGCAGUCUGCAAAGUUUAAAAAGAUUAAAUAUUUCAAAUAAUAACUUGGAUGGUGAUAUGGUGCACUGCUAUCUGUCAAAUAUUACUUCACUAGUAAUUUUAGAUUUGUCAUGGAACACAAUUGCAGUCUUGUUUUCUGGAAUAUUUGAAGGGGUUCCACGGCUGACCGAGCUGGAUCUCUCCAACAAUUACAUAACAGAUAUAGAGAGUGGUACAUUUGACUCACUGCAAUAUCUGAAAGUUCUAAACCUUGCUUUCAAUGCCAUAGCUUGUAUUUCAAGCUUUGAUCUCCCACAGCUACAUCUUCUGAACCUAAGUUCAAAUUCCCUCAAGAUCUUUGUUAGUCCGAAAUCUGACAAAUUCUACCAACUGAGGAACUUAGACCUAAGCCGUAAUAGCCUGGUGAGCUUUCCAGUUCUGCCCCAAAUCAACAGGGUACAACACCUUAAUCUCUCAGGAAAUCAUUUUGCUGAGUUGUUCCCUAUCUCUAAUGAAACAGAAGACAUUUUGAAGAUGACCUCCUGGUAUGAAAUCAUUGCUGAUCUGGAUCUUCCCAGUGCUAUAGAAAAUAUAAUUUCACAUUUAACAACCCUAAUGGAUUUGGAUCUCAGUUACAACCAACUAACCUUAUUUCCUUGGCGAUUUUUAUCUUAUGUCAGCUCACUUCAAAAUGUAAACAUGGCUGGGAACUGUCUACAUAACAUGACAGAUGUUUUCUACUCUGAUAUGUCACAACAGAACAAAAGAAAUAGGAUCACAGCUCUCCGGUCUUUGAGGUCUCUAGAUAUUCAUGGAAAUUCUAUUAACUACAUCUCAAAGCAAUUGUUUGAUUUGCUGCCUGAAAUUGAACAAAUUAAUCUUAAAAACAAUCACAUUGGGUUUUGUCACCCUAAAGAAACGGUCAACUCAACCGAGACCAUCUGCACAACCUUCUCUGGUGCUCAGCAUCUGCGUCAUUUAAAUUUACAAAACAAUGGCAUUAAGCACCUUCCGCCCAAAGUAUUUCAACACACAUCUUUAUACUCUCUGGAUCUGUCAGACAAUAUAGGGUUAAACAUCCAUAAAGGUGCCCUAACUGAGGUUCAGCAGUCGCUACAGAUAAUGUCCCUCAGAAGAAAUUUAAUGACCGACUCCCAGGUGAACCUUCCAUGUGUAACAUGGUUGAAGACAUUAGAUUUGUCUGGUAAUAGACUUACUAUGAUUCCAGCCAAUUUACAAUGUUCUGCAAUAGAAAGUCUGAAUCUUCAGAACAAUUCCCUGCGUCUUCUGGAUGAAAGGACUUUUCUUUCCUGGAUGGACAGUCUACACUGGAUGUUUAUUAGUGGCAAUCCCUUUGACUGCUGUUCCCUUAGAUGGUUGGAUCCUUUGCUAGAUUCUAAAAUUAAUAUUUCAGAUCUUGAAAACACAUAUUGUAUCUAUACAGAUAGUAACGUGAGUGCAUCUGUCAAUAACUCUAUUAUCCAAAGUCAAUACUGCCAGUGGCACACAACACAAACUCUCCUUACAAUUGUCAUCAUCAUUUUCAUUGUAUUUUUCCUUCUCUCUAUAUUUUGUAUUCUUAAAAUAGGUAAUAGAAAGGUUUGUCUUUUAAGAAAAUUUUGGAGUAACAAAGUAGCCUCUGAAAUUCCUAGAUCGAUUCAGAUGAUGCAAUCCGAGGGAAAGGAAGUAUGCUUCACUAUCAGUAGUAGAGGAACAUGCUGAUAGAAAACAUUCAAGUGUAUUUUAUUUUAAGUGGACACCUGCACUUCCUAGACCCAAAAUGAAAACAAAGAGCAUUAUGAUGGCUAUACCUGUUAGAUAGCUUCUGUCCAAAUGCUCUUUGAUCAACAGCGCAGCACAGGAGGAAUUGGAAGAGACAGCAUUUCCUGCAAUCCAAUAUGCCCAAAUCCUCUUUCCCCCCAAUGGCAGAUGUCCUGCUGUCUCCAUACACCUAAAUCAGUGGGUAGAGGUAUUUAACCCCUUAGAUACUACAAUCAAUUUCUUUUGUCACCCAACUGCCCCCCUUGUUUAGGCUAUCAAUGGGGGUCCACUGGGUUCUCAUGGCAGCCAUCGGUCAAGUAAAGAUUCCCAGGUUUGCCAUCUUUGUACACCAAAGCCAUGUCAAAUGUAUUGACGUAUAUUAGUGAUCAGAAAGAAUGCCGAAAAUAUCAUUCUAUUGUCACCUUUUUAAGUGUU